GAAAAGGGGUGGAGCUAAGCACUCACUGCGGUCUUGCGCUGCGUCUGCAGAGGACAAGGAAAGCUCCUCCGCAGGGCUGUCAGCUGCCAAAAUGAACGGCGUGGAAGGGGACAACGAGCUACCUCUCGCUAACACCACGACCCCCUCCCAUGCCUCCGAACAUCUGGAUCUGAAGCAGGACCAGGGGCUCCACGAGGAAACCGACACAGUGCGGGGGAUGGAGGCUGCAGGUGAGGCCGGUGCGGAUGGAGGCGCGUCUCCGGAUUCCGAGCACUGCUACCCUGAGCUCUGCUUCGGAGUGGCUGAGAAUAGUUGUGCUGCGGCAUCUAGAGAAGGUCUGGAGGAUGCUCCGUCUCCAUCAAAGGGCGGGGACGCACCCUCAGCCCCCGUGGCAGCCAACGACAGCAGUAAAAAUGGCUGUCAGCUUGAAGGGCCGCACAGCCCUGCUAAACCUAAAGCUCUGGAAGCCCGUGGUGCGGUGGGCCUGGGGUCUCAGCUGAUGCCGGGGCCGAAGAAGACCAAGGAAAUGACGACUACCAAGUGCGCCAUCUCUGUGGCCACCGGCAAGGAGGGAGAAGCAGGAGCGGCAAUGCAGGAAAAGAAGGGGGUACAGAAGGAAAGAAAGGUAGCUGGAGGAGGGAAAGAGGAGACUCGUCCCAGAGCUCCGAAGAUCAAUUGCAUGGACUCGCUGGAGGCCAUCGAUCAAGAGCUGUCAAAUGUAAAUGCGCAGGCUGACAGGGCCUUCCUCCAGCUGGAACGCAAAUUUGGGCGGAUGAGAAGGCUCCACAUGCAGCGCAGAAGUUUCAUCAUCCAAAACAUCCCAGGUUUCUGGGUCACCGCUUUUCGGAACCACCCCCAGCUGUCACCAAUGAUUAGUGGCCAAGAUGAAGACAUGAUGAGGUACAUGAUCAAUUUAGAGGUGGAGGAGCUUAAGCAGCCAAGAGUAGGAUGCAAAUUUAAGUUCAUCUUCCAAAGCAACCCCUACUUUCGAAAUGAGGGGCUGGUCAAAGAAUAUGAGCGCAGAUCCUCAGGUCGAGUGGUGUCGCUCUCUACGCCAAUCCGCUGGCACCGGGGUCAGGAACCCCAGGCCCACAUCCACAGGAAUAGGGAGGGGAAUACGAUUCCCAGUUUCUUCAACUGGUUCUCCGACCACAGCCUCCUAGAAUUCGACAGAAUAGCUGAAAUUAUCAAAGGGGAGCUGUGGUCCAAUCCCCUACAAUACUAUCUGAUGGGCGAUGGGCCACGCCGUGGAGUUCGAGUCCCACCAAGGCAGCCAGUGGAGAGUCCCAGGUCCUUCAGGUUCCAGUCUGGCUAAGCUCUGCCCUAGUGAAAAGCUCUUGCAGAAGAGUCCUUACCAUCUCCUCAGCUUGGCCAGCAGCAUGCAGCCUUCUGUCUGCUUUCUCUUCCCGUUGGAUUGUGUUCUUUGGUUCUUCUAAGUCUCCAGUAGUUUCAAGAUUGUGGCUUUCAAGUCUUUGCUCUUCUUUCUCUGGGCCAUCACGAUAUUCUGCAUAUAAUGGUGUUCCAAGUGCAUGGCCUUCAAACUGCUUCUAUGCCAAGUCACGUGCUGUAGUUUGUACUGCCUUCUUUGCAUGGCUUGGUUCCAGUCUGUGACAUGAUCUUCUUUCAGUUCUUUUUUUUUUUUUUAAAAGUGGUUCUCUGCCACAAGAAAGUUUGACACAUUCUUACCAAGAACUAGCCAGGCUUCAUACUUUCUGCUGUGUUCCCGAUAUCUAUGUACUGUGAAGAACUGUGAGUUUCACCACUGCAAGAUGGAACUGUACCCCAACCCAGCCAUUAGCCCAACAGGACAUUCCAGGCUAUUGCCAACUGAUCCUAGCUGUCUUCCUGGGCCUUUGCCAUUUACCCUGCUUGUUAUCUCUACAACAAGCAGGUGGCUGGUGGGUGACUACUAGGUAUGAGUGAAGUAACAGUCGAGGAGUGUUUUCUGUCACCACAUUGGUCUUGUACCGUUGGUUGCUGUGCAUUGUGAUCAGCUACUGGUGAGUAUGGAAGCUUGUGCAAUUGCCCACCAGUUCUCUACUUGUUGAGCUUUGCACAGGCCCAAGUGGUUCCUCAGGAACUACCUAAGGACCUAAGUUCCUAGUCAGCACAUAGGACCCCCUGCUGUACCAGUUCCCAUGGCUCAGUUAGCUGCUGGGCAGGAUCUGUAGUCACAUGUGGCAGUGCCCAAAGCAAAGCUAAAGUGGUUCCCUUCCAGCGGUUAGUUCUUCUGAGCCCUAACCAACAAAUUAUUCCUUAUCCAGGUACCUUUGAUGGGUAACUACUACUCUUCCUGUGUUCACACCCACUCUGGUGAAGUCAAAGUUGCCUAGGUUUGGGUAGUUAGAAAUUGUGGCCCACAGGCCUUGCUAUACCUUUCUCUCUUUGGCUCUUCUCUUUUCUUCCCCCCCUUCUUUCUCUUUAAGGCAGUUAUAGUCCAGAGACAGAAAAACAAAAGACAGCAGGCUUUUUAUUUGCUCUCCCCUUGGUUGUGUGCAGGCUGGGAAAGGUACUGUAGACUCCAAAUCUCUCACUGCCCUGACUAUUCCAACCUUCUCAUAGCAAAGUCUGAACAUUUCAAGGGAGACCACCUCCACUCUUCCCUCCAUUCUACUAGAUACUGUGGGUGUGUUUAAGCUCUAGUUUGAGAAUCAGGGAGAAGAGAAAGAAGAGUCUCAAUGACAGACCCUGUGCCUGCCCUGAGCAGUCUGUGAAUGAAUGCACCUAGCCCACAUUUCUAAAGGACAGCAGUUCUUUUGUGGGCCUCAGCCUGUAGAAAUGACCAGAGAGCAACAAUGUGUGACAUCUUUGUUGUUUGCCUGACCUUGGCCCUUACCUGUCAGCUUUUGAAUUUGCUUCCAUGUUUCCAUCCUAACAAAGAAGGAAGCAGGCUGUAGAGUGCAUUGAGAGAGGGAGACCCCAAGCCUCUUCUCAGGGAUGUGAGGGGUCUGGGUUUGCAGGACAUGCUCCAUUGAAUUUGCAACAGUGCUGUUGUGGCUUCUGCAGCUGUAGCCCUCAGGCAUUCCCUUUCUGAUUUAAAGACCUUGUUGGAAGCUUCUCCAAAGCUCAGAGGUCUGGAUGCCUUCGUUGGAGGCUGAGAAAUUUAAGAGGAGGACUAGAGGGAAGAGCCUGUUGCAGAGUGAGUUUUUCUAGCUCUGCUGUGAUGAUUGACAUGGAAGGAGCAGGGUUGGGGUCAGGGGUCCCUGAGGCACAUUCCAGUGCAAGGGGGGUGGGGGAGGGGGGUCAAUCAAGUGGGUUGGAGUUUAAAAAGAGAUGCUUGGAGGAUAUUCCUUAGUUUCUCCUAAUUUCCAACUCCACCAGUAGAUCUUAGUAAACAGAUGUAAUUCUGGGUGAGCCUUGUCUGUGGGAGAUCAAUGGUGUGCACUCCUCAUUCCACUGUGCUUGAUCCUAUUACUCCCUGUCAGUUCACUGGCAGCGUUGAUGUUUACAAGCCUGCCUUUUACUUAUUGAGAACAAGUGUAAACAUUUGAAUUUCUGUCAUUUGCAGUAUGAAAACUCCUGUGAAUAUUCAUUACUAGAAUAACUUGUUCUGGUGUCUCUUCAUAUAUAGCUGUAUUCUUAGAAGUUCAAUCUGCACAAUGUGAUCUCUGAAGUCUGAAGAUGUUUUGAAAACUGUUGCUAUGUCUUGUAAAAGUGGUUUCAAAAAGACAAAUGUAACUGUCUUACUGAUAUUUCUUGCUGUAGUAAGUAAUACUUGGCAUUAUGUUCUUAACCAGUGUGAGGACUAGAACUGCUAUCAACUAAAUGAGGAUCUUAGUCCUCUGUCUUUUCCUGUGUGCUCAAAGGAAAGAUAAUGUUACUGUUAUAUUUCUUGUCUGCACCAAAAAUAAAUAAAUAAAGGUGAAUGAA